GGGAGGGGGUGAUAUCUGUGACAGAUUGUUUAGAUCUCAGGCAUACUGGCACAGUACUAAUUGCAAGGUGGAUGAUAAUAACAGGGCUGCGUACCCUCGCAGAAACCCUUUGGCGUGAGCACAGGGGUACCAGAGACAUAACAGAAGGAAUGGUUCCAGCGCCAGUUUGGGAAUAUUGAAAAAAGGAAAAAAACACAGAAAUCGACCCCGAACACGAUCGUUUUACCAUUUCCGAUCAGAUGCGUCCUGCUGUGCUGUAAUCGCUGUCAAGCUGCUUUGUGCUGGUAGGUUGCAGAGCUUUUGGAGAAAUGAGCUGCCACUUCACGCGUUAGUGAGCGAGCUCCGUCCAGAGAAAUAAAAGGACUGAAGACGACUCCCGGGAUAUGCGCUGCUGUUUGACCUCUGUGGACCACUAUACCCCGCAUGCCCACUCUGCUUGUUUUUCUCCCCGCUGAUACAAAGCGUGCUCCUGAUCUCACUAUUUUUAUAUUAUUGAGAAUAUGCUCCCUUUAAACGCUUGAAACAAAAAUCCGUUAUGCGAAAGUUGUUUUUAAUACUGGCUUCUUUUCUUUAACAAAUGAGAUUUCAAAAGGCAUAGGAAUGCAAACAACAGUGUUAUAAUCCGCAAAUCCGAACAUCUUCAUGUGUUGUUUUUAAUGCUUUGCUUGCAACGGUGCUUUCUCCACGGAAAAGGCGCAUUCCUUCUGCGCGUAUAUGUGCACGUUGCUUAAAGCGACAAUACGACUUGUUUGAGAAAUCACAUCAGAUUCCUCAUUUGUGUGAAUAUUCAACGUUUUCAUUGAAUGAAUGCUUCGUUACCAUCAUCCUUUCUUUCGCAUACCUAAACGAAAAUAAUUAUGGUAUAUUUUGACGCAGAAACACAACGAGCAACUUGUGCAUACUUUGAAGAAUAUUUUUUAUAAAACAAUUUCUAUUGUUAUUUUUAAAAUUUUGAUAGGAAGACGGAAGGGCGAUGUUUACCUUCUGACAACUGCAAUUGUCAACAUGGAUCAAUGGAUCUGUGAGAGCCGGAUUAUACUUGUAUGCUUUUUUUAUGAUUUUGUGUCUCUAUCCGUGGAUGUUAGAUGUUAUCAUUAGAUCCAGUGUUCACAUCCAUGCACUGGCUUUAAUUAAUUGCUAAGAAAAAUCACAGCAAAGGAGCUUGAAAACAACAUCUUGCAUUCAGAACUGCGUCGCCCGGCUUUCUUGCCUGAUUACAACGGACUGGAUUACCUUUCCUUCCAGUUGUGAAUGGGAAUGGCAUUCUUGCUUCUUCAUGCUGCUGCUAUAAUUCAAGAUUUUGUGCGAAUUCUCUCUACCUGCUAAAGCCCUGGCUGUUCGCCUGGUACAGUCCACGUCUGUCCGUACUGACUGCGAAUGAGACUCUCUAGAAGUGGAAUACAGGGGAGAGAUGCGGGAGUAAACGGGAAAGACUGUGAGUCCAGGAGAAAAUACUGAACGGGGUUUGAAGGCAAACAGAUCAAACAGGAGAUAUCGGAAAAAGAUAGCGAUACAGAAAGGAACAAGGCGCGAGAAAAAUGAGGAAAGGACAACCGCAAAUAGAAAGGAGGAGAGAAUAAGAUGAAAUCGAGGAGUAGGAGGGGUGGCAGCGGUAAACAGGAUAGAGAGGGUAUAUAGUGAGGAAGGAUAAAGAUGCUGAGGUGAAGCACGAAGAGAAAGGGUGGCAAGGUGAAGAGCAAAGUACAGUGAAGUGGCGAAACUAGAGUACAAGAUCAGGAAUAAAGAAGUGAUAAGGAGAGGUGGUCGAAAAGCAGAAGGCACUCAAAAGAAAGCAAAGAUCAUAGGUAAAAUAAGAACCCCGCUAAAUGGACAGACAAAUGUCACCCCCUUGGUAAAGGAGAGGUGGAGAUCAGAAAAGGUGGAGGAAAAGCAGCGAGAAAGAGGAGAAUGGGGAUGGUAUAACAAAACGGCGAGAGACAGAAAAAAACAAGGCAAGCAUCGCUUCGUGCACAAAUGCCAUGAAAAGAAAAGUGGAAAGACGAACGUUUCUUCGGUUGUAUUAGGGGAAGACACUGAAGCAAUAUCAUCCUACCAGGACGCUUGCUGCAAUCAUGCCUUUUGGUGAGCCAGGGGUGCAUUCUCUGUGAUCUACAAUUGCUUCUUCAACACCACCUGCAAAGAGACCUCCUCAAGACAAACAGGUGAACAUUCAGUUUGCUGGAGGCUUGUCUAACUCGACCCGGCUAAAAUCGAACAGCAUGGAGGUCAAAGGUCAUCUUAUCACACCUGCUGGACUCAGUUGCUCUGAGUCCCACUCAUCAGAGCUGGCCACGAAGCUGCGUGCUGAACGAAUGAUAGAGCUGCUUGACAGGAAACGGACACUUCAGGCUGCACUUACCUCUCGCAUCAGUGAGCUGAAAAAGCUCUGCCUUCAGGAAGCUGAAUUGACAGGUGAGCUUCCUAGUGAAUACCCUCUGGAGUCUGGAGAGCGGCCACCAAAUGUCCGGCGACGAACUGGAGUGGCUUAUCGAAGCUCAAACAGUGGGAAUGCAAAGGGAGAGAGUUCCCGACUGGAGGAACUUGAAAAGAAGUUCUUGUUACAACAGCAAAUUGUGGAGGCAGCACGAAAACUGGCAGUGUCUGGAGAGCUGAGUGCUGACCAGCGCAGAAAGAGGAAGACUGUUCUCGCGGGUGCUCUUCGCAGACUGCAGGAGCUCGAGGAUCUCAUCAAUGAACAGCGUCUGCAGCAGGGGAGGAAGCCAACCCAGAGAGUGUCCUCAAUUAUUCAGGAUGAUAGUCUUCAUUCAGAAAACAGCUCGCUAUCAGAUUCAACAAGUCAUGAAAAUGAUGACCCCCCAGGUUUAAAGAACUCCAGUGCACUCCCAGACCGGCUCUCCCCUCCUAAAUGUCGUGCCGACUCGAGCAGUCCUGAUCGUAGAGCAUGCCGAAAGUUAUCUCCUGUGGAGAUCUAUUAUGAGAUGAAAACACGGAGGAACUCUGUCGCCAGUUCAGCCAGGCGGCAUCGUAGCUUGUGGAGCCUCAGAGAAGUGAUGUACUCACAUCUGUACCGCCCAACUCGCAGUCUUCCUCGAAGUGCUUCUAAUAUGGAGGGCAGAAGUGUUCCGGCUACACCUCAGCUACCACGGAUGGCAGCACAGAAUAGUAAGCAGAUAAGGGCUGACGUCCAGGGUCCUUUAAGGCAGUGGACAGACAUGCCGGAUUCCUCCAAGGAGGAAAUUGCACCAACUCUGGAGUCUUUUGAGAGAGCAGGUUGCCCUUACUCAGCCCGCACACGUCGUAGCAACAGCUCUGAAGCACUACUUGACCGCUCUUCUUUUCCAGAGGUUGGAAAACCAGGUCUGAUUGGCAAGGGGAUGGGCACACGAGGACCCUUCAAGAGUUCUGAAACCUUGACAGAUGGCAAGCUGCGACAACCUUAUCGGAGUCCUGAACGGUAUAAUGGCAAUAGCCACCCUGAACAGGGCAGGGUGAGGGCCUCAGUUGGAGGAAGGGCCACGUACAAUGAAAUCCUCUUAGACUAUGUGUUAGAGAAGCAGAUGCAGCAGCAGCAGCAACAACAACAACAACAACAACAGCAGCAGCAGCAUUGUGCUCGCUCAUGGCUAGAUGUCCAGCCGGGAUCACCCACACCUUCCCAGUUUAAUGGAUGUCACUAUAGUCGUUUGGCUCAGCAUGAGUUUACUCCUUCCCCUACAAACCCACAUUUUGGGGCUAAUUUGAAUAGCUUUGGCCUUGGCAGCUGUAGCCCCAUGAUUCGAAGCAAAGAAAGUCGAAGAGUCAAGGUGACUCGGACCAAGUCAUGUGGACCCUUCAUUCCAGUACAGCAGUACCAGCACAGCCAGCAGGAUGCCCUUCUUUUAUCAGAAUUUUCCCAGCCAUCUCCACAGGUCCCUGAAGUUCCUCGCCGUGGUUUGCCACCACCAGAUGAAUGCAGUCGUAACCUUCACAAAGCCUUGGCAUUGGAAGGGCUGAGGGACUGGUAUAUAAGAAAUGCACUUGGGCAUGCUGCUGCACAGAGCAGGGGUAUUCAAAGGCCUGAUAUGCCACAGCGAAGAGCACCACAUCAGCCGCAGGGUCCAGCACAGCAAUACCAGUGUCCGCCUGAACAAUACUGUCGCAGCCCCCAGCUCUCUCAGUCAGUCACUUUUCAUGGACACCCACUCCAUGGCAGGCACUUGGAGCUCUCCCUCUAUCGGGACUCCUUUCACCAUCAGGUAGAGGAUCUCAGUCUGCAGGACCCCACAACAGACACGCCGUCCCCGGGGACACUUGUUUGACAAAAACCAGAGAGAUUGUGAAUACUUCAAAACACUAACCAGGGGGCAGUGGAUGCCAUCUGUCUGGCUGAACAUUUGCAACUAGUGGAAUGAGCUCUUUUCAAUCAAGUUCACUGAAUGGUCUCUGUAGCCCCCGGCUGCCGCUAAUCAUCUGUACAUUCCAGAAGUCAUCCCAGAUGACCCCUUUGACUGCAGUGGCUCAGGCACAUAGUUUACAACUUGUUCACUUUUUUUAUUGUUACGAACAUAUCUCUGACUUAAUCUUUUAAACAAAUCGAAGGCAUGUAAAUGCCACCAUUGCAGGUGUACGAUGUCAUGAUGCUAGGCAAAGUCUUCCUAUAAUUCCUAAACGUUGUCCAGUAUGAAUCCCAAAAACAAACUGUGGUUUGACAAUCAUAUUUUUUAAUAACUGUUAGGUUCAGCAGUCAGGAAGAGAUGGAGAUAUUUGAACAGUACUUGUUAAUCACCCAUUUGCAUUUAUUGAAUAAUGUCUUCCUUCAACUGGCGACAUCUGUUUACCAGAAACACAGAAGAUGAGCUUAGUGACCAGUCCAGUGACAGCCAGGACCCCACACAUUCCGUAACAUAAGCAGGUCUUAUGUGUGUGCUUCAGCAUCCAAAUUAGCAUUCAUUAGCCUGUUGGAACAGCACGGAGUGGUAGGCCUACCUUCUGGCUUAUCCCCCACACACACACUUGACAAAUAAAGCUGCAGGGGAGUUGUUGGGUUGGGGGGGGCAUUUGGGUGUCUAGUCCAUGUCUAGCCACGAAGCGGGUUCAGAGCAGAUGGAAAUGAGACAGGCAGCCAACUAAGAACAGAGAAUUUCAUUUAACACGGAAGACGACGGCCACAACACUCUUGAGCUGCUUUAUGUAUUAGGAGGCAUUCACAACUGUGAGUGAUCGAGUUCUGGCCACAUCAUCAAUUAAACUCUCUUGGAGGGGUUUGUUUACCUUUGUUUCCAUGUUUUGGGUUUUUUUUCUCUCUUUGCCUUAGUUAAAAUGUUAAUUUAAAUAUGUAAAUAU